CCACCACAAGGUGUCGCUGUGAGCGGAGCGAGGCGCUGUUUUCCUGCAGCGCUCGCGCCUCCGUUGUUUACGUUUAUCCAACAACAUGGAGGAUGAGCUAGAAGUUGAUAUCGAGGGAGACGAGUUUAAUACCAGUAUAAGUGAGCUGGGUGGAGGAGGUUUAGUCCAGGAGCAGCUUAUACAGUCUGCGUGGAGGAGCAGCGCUGGGAUACUGCCAUGGGAGCUGGACAGCUCCAUCAGUACAGAGAACAGGGAGGUGAUCGAGAGGAUGCUGCUGGAGGAACAAUAUUACCUGACAGGUGAGGGGAUUCCUAACCAUAUUUGGGAAAGUGAUGCUAACAACGCGCCCGAAGUGAAGAAGUCUCCAGCCAAGUCCUCGGCCUCGGCCUCAGGCUCCUCUUCUCGUUGGUCCAAACAGGAAAAAGACCUGUUUGAGGAAGGACUGGCUCAGUUUGGUCGAAGGUGGACUAAGAUUUCCAAGUUGGUGGGCAGCCGUUCCAUUCUUCAAGUCAAGAGUUAUGCAAGACAGUAUUUUAAACACAAGGCUAAAUCAGAACCCAGAGCUGCAGCUUCAUCUGCAGGUCCUGCGCCGUCCUUACAACCCCCUCAGCCCACCUCCAGUCAUGCAUCCACUCUGGCAAACACUGUCCGCAUAGAGAAGCUUUCUGAUGAAGAGGAUGAGGAGGUGGACAUCACCGAUGACCUGAGUGAGGACGGAGACGGCGACAUUAAACCCCAGGCUGUGAUCAAAACUGAGUUCUGUGAGCCAGAGCAGCUCCCCAGCACUGAGAUCCAGACCGACACAGAGGAGCAGAAAGAGGCAGGUCUGACUGAGAAAGAGGAGCAACCCAGCCACACCUCGCUAUCUCCACAGAGUCCUCAGCCCUCGUCUUCCCUCCCUUGCUCAGAGAAGGCUGGUGUGACUGGGCGUGGCGAGAAAGCCGAUGAGAGAGCGUCUCAGGCAGGAGCUCACACCAACUCGGAGCAAAUGACUGAUGACAACGAAGGCCAGAGCACCGCACAGACUGGUCAACUGGAAGAGGCCUGUGGUGAUGGCACAGAGAGUCCAACUGAUGGAGCAGAAGAAGACCAAGAGGAGGAUGAGGAGGAUGAGGAAGAGGAAGAGCUCAAGGCUCCUGAGCAGGAAAUGGAGAUGGAGAUGGAGACCAUCACUGAGGAUGAUAAACAAGCUAUCCCAGAGUUCUUUGAGGGACGACCUUCAAAGACCCCCGAAAGAUACCUUAAGAUCCGAAACUACAUCCUGGAUCAGUGGUUGAAGAGCAAGCCCAAGUACCUGAACAAGACGUCAGUCCGCCCUGGACUGAAGAACUGCGGAGACGUCAACUGCAUUGGGAGAAUACACACCUACCUGGAGCUCAUUGGAGCCAUUAACUUCAACUGCGAGCAAGCGGUUUAUAAUCGCCCGAGGGUGGUGGACCGCUCCAAGCAUAAGGAGGGGAAAGAUGUGCUUGAGGCCUACCAGCUCGCCCAGAGACUGCAGAGCAUGCGGACCAGGAAGCGCCGCGUGCGGGACUUAUGGGGAAACUGGUGCAACUCUAAAGAUUUGGAAGGACAGACGUAUGAGCACCUCAGUGCUGGGGAGCUCGCUCUGCGGAGAGAAGAGAUGAAGAGGCAGCCUAAGCCCUGCAAGAUCUCCAGAUUCAGAGGGUCGUUUGAUCCCUUCCAGUUGAUUCCCUGCAGAACCUUUGGAGAGGAUGUACAGGAACCAUUCCAGGUUAUUGUGUGUGCAGAGACUCUUCUCAUAAUGGACAUGCAUGCCCACGUGUCUCGGGGGGAAGUCAUCGGACUGCUAGGUGGAACUUUCAAUGAGGAAAAGAGAAUAUUGAAGAUCUGCGCAGCGGAGCCAUGUAACAGUGUGAGUACAGGUUUGCAGUGCGAGAUGGACCCGGUGUCUCAGACGCAGGCCUGUGACGUGCUGUCGUCCCUGGGCCUCAGUGUGGUGGGCUGGUACCACUCGCAUCCCACAUUCCACCCCAACCCUUCAGUGCGGGACAUAACCACACAGGACCAGUUCCAGAGUUAUUUUUCACGCGGCGGAGCCCCCUUCAUCGGGAUGAUAGUGAGCCCAUACGACCCUGCCAACCCCUCCCCCCACUCCCAGACUACCUGCUUGUUGGUGAAAGAGAGCCAGGAGCCUUCAGGCCCACAAAAGCUGCCCUACAGAUUUGACUUCCUGCCAUCACAAGACAUUCCAGACUGGGAACAGACGUUGAGGAGAGCUCAGUGGAUCAUCCACAAAUACUGUCAAACACACGGGAGGGUGCAGAUGGACAGAUUUUUCCGGAAAGACUCCCAUCUCACCUACCUGGAGAAGAUGCUGUCGUCUCUGGCCAGGUACCUAGAUCCCCUGCCAGAUGAGGAGGGAGACUCCUUCCUCACCCAGAUCCAGGCCCUUUUCCAGUCAGACUUUAUUGACAAGCAGCAACCAUCUGACCAGGAAGAGGGGGAAUGUUUAAAUAUCUCAUCCAGACCAGUGGACUCAGAGGACUUUGCUUUUGAUCAGCUGAUCAGUGAGGAGAGGCCUCGGGAGGGAGGAAGAGACUCUGAUCCAGAUUCUGGCAGAGCUUCAGACAGCAGUGUACAGCCUCACACACUGACCACAGACACAUCCUCAGUUUUACAUCUGGGCUCUGUGCUGUCCACUGAACAUGACUAUUUACUAUGAUGGACAAUAUAUCAUAAUCUGACUGUAUUUGUACAUAAUACAAUAUUAAACAAAAUAUAAACAUGUAUGUAAAUAUGAUAAGGGUUUGUAUCAGUAUUACCAUUUCCUUUUUUAACUUUUUAUUAUUUUAGUGAAGUCAUUUAACCAAAAACUAAAAAGAGAGGAGGGUGUGUGUUAUCGGGGGGGGGGGGGGGG